AUGCUCAAUAACAACAAUAACGUUGAACAAGACGAUUUGGAUGAUCUUCUUGAAGAUGCUUUGAAAGAAUUUGAUGACGAUACUAAUGAUAAUUCAGCUUCUCCGAAUCCAUCAAAAGCUUCAGAAACAACAACAACAACAAAACAAAAUAGCAACUCCUUAACAGCCUCUUCGAGUACUGCCGAGUCAACAAGAAAUGAUGAUAUUGAUUUGGAUGAUAUUUUAGAGAAAACUCUUCUUUCCGAAGAGAAACAAGUUGUAAAUCAUUUAGCGGAACAAGUGACUAAAUUUUUCUCUGAAUUAGAAAAAGAAGGAAAUAAUGAUGAUGAAAAUAAGACAACAGCUUCUUCUUCUUCCUCAUCAAACUCUUCCUAUAAUUUUCAAGAAGUUAUGAAGAACACUCUUGACAUGUUAAACAAAAACGCUGCAUCCAUGAAUAAUGCAACGAAUUUACCAAGUGGAGGAGAAGAUCAAGAUGAAUCUGUGGAUGAAGGAGCGUUUUCAGGAUUGUUACAAAAAAUGAUGGAAGUUUUGAUGUCUCCAGAUAUUCUCAGACAACCAAUGGAAGAGUUGCGAGAAAAGUAUCCAAUUUGGCUUAAAGAAAAGAAAGGACAAGUUCCUGAGGAAGAAUACCAAAGAGUUAAAAGACAAUACGAUUUAUGUUGUAAAAUUUGUCGUGUUUAUGAAACCCAACAAUAUCCAGAUGCUAUUGAUGAACUUAUAGAGUUGAUGAAAGCCAUGCAAGAACAAGGUCAACCUCCAGAGGAGAUUGUAAGUCAGUUAUCAAAGCCUGAAGGAGGUAAUGAAGAAGCAAGUGAAGUCCACAAAUUGUUGCAAGGAUUAAAUCUUCCCUCUAAUAUGGGAGAUGGUAAAGGAUGUCCAACUCAAUAG